AUGGCGACAUUGAUUCUUCCUGCACAUGUUCGCUCAGCGAUGAAAUCAGUCGCUCAAGUUGCUGCUGAAGUUCCAAUUCAUAAAGUUUUUGAGCAAGCUAUCCUAUUUCUUUUUGGUGAAAUUGAACAGACCGAAAUUAAGACAUAUGCUCGAGAGGCUGGAGUUCAGUUCCCAACAUACCAAGAGUCUAUUGAUGCACUCGCUUGGAUAGUUUGUGAAGCUGUUCGCACAAAAUGCACAACAGACAAUUUUAGAGAAUUUAUUGCAGAAAUCGAUUUCUUAAAUACAAAACAAGUUCUUGCAGUAUACGAAAAAGCUAUGCAAAGCGUUAAAGAAACAUUAGUUGAAAACUCUCCAGAUACAGAACACUUCGUUUCCUUAGAUUGGCGCUUACAAGUUGAAAUUGGACGUCGAGCUCUUAGGUCGAUGAGAAGACCACACGUUGUUGUUAAUAUUAAGACUACAAAGCAAACUGAAACACUUGAAAUUACACCACAAGGUUUAGUUGAAUUAUAUACUACUUUUGAUGCCGCACUUCAGGCUUGCCGUACUUCUAAGUUUAGAAGAAUUCAGCGCUUCAUCAAAUAA